AUGUCUUCGCAAACUUUACAUCCUAAACAAGAUGCUGUUAAUAAAUUCUUAACUGUUCCAAAGGAUUUUAGAAAAGAUGAAGCACGAGUUAACAAUACUCUUGGUUUUACUCCUUUUGAUAAAAAGCAGCUUAAACAAGCAACUGUUAUGGCUUCCGAAUUAAUGAUUGUAGCCAAUGAAAACCCUAAUGACCCAAUUGAAAAUGUUUUAAAAGUUGCUCAAGAAAAAACUGAAACAAAUGAUCCGGAACUUGUUCGUUGGGCUCUUAUGAUCUUUAUAUCUCAUCAUCCAAGUGCACGUUCUGGUCAAUUGCGUAUCCCGCCAUUAACCAAACGUGCCCCUCAUAACUCUGUUCCUAAACAACAACUUAAUGUCUUGGCUCCAGGUCCUGCUAUCUUUGGCGGUGGUGGAUUAACAGCUGCUGCUGGUCAACAACAACAAGAAUCCCUAAUUCAAAAUAUUAAUGAAGCUGAAUUUGCUAUAAAUUUCUGGCGUGAAGAUCCGAAUUUUAAUGAACAUCAUGAACAUUGGCACAUUGUCUAUCCUGGUGAGGGUGUUCCUGACCCUAGUAAUCCAAAAAACCUCAUUCAAAAAGAUCGACAAGGCGAACUUUUUAUCUAUAUGCAUCGUCAAAUACAUGAUGCAGAAAGAGUUGCUUUAGGAAUUUCUCUUGUCAAUCCAUUAGACAAUUUUGAUGAACCAAUUCCGGAAGGGUACAAUCCGAGUGGAAAUCUAGUUGACAGUGAUCGUACAUCAUUUGCAACUCGUCCUUCUGGAUUACGUAUAGGUGACUUGGGUGAGGGGAUGACAGUUGCUGAAUUGAAACAAUUUGAAGCAAAUAUUAAAGCAGCUAUUAAGAAAGGUCAAUUUAAAGAUGGUUCUGUCAUUACGCCUGAUCUACUAGGCAAGACACUUGAAUCCUCAUAUUCAGGAAAUGAUCAAGAAUGGGAAAAGUAUUAUGGAAGUUUGCAUAAUACUGGUCAUGUAAUGCUUGCUUAUAUUAACGAUCCUGCUAAUGCUGCUAAUGCAGAAAAUGAUCCUGGAGUUCUUUAUACGCCGCGUACAGCUGCUAGAGAUCCUAUAUUUUGGAGGUGGCAUCGACAUAUUGAUGAUAUAUUUGAUUUAUGGGUGAAAACACUUCCGCCUAAUGAAUUUUUAUCAGAUGCUCCACCUGUAAAAAUAAGAAAUGGUGAUGUGAUAUUGGCAUUCAAAGAUUUACUAAAUUUAAGUUUAAACAAUCAAACACAAGAUAAAGAAGCGGCAGAAUUUGGCGAGAAAAAUUUCGGUGGUGUGAAUUUUGAUUCGGACGUAUCAAACAAUCCGGCGGUCACCAAAGAACUACAAACAAAAAUGAAAACCAGGAAAUGGACUUGGGUGGAGGACAGUGGUCUGACUGAAGAUAUUAGUUACCUAUUUCCCAGGGAAUAUUAUUAUUAUUUCCGUGUUGAGAAUACUUCUAGUUCUAAUCAAGAUGUAACAUUUAGGGUGUAUCUGGCACCAGAAGAACUUGCCAAUUCACAUAGACAUUGGAUUGAACUUGACAAAUUCAAGACAACAAUACCAGCACAAUCAAAAAUAGUUGUCUCUAGAGAUUGUGAUAUGUCAUCAGUUGUGCGUCAACCGCCACAAAAAACUGAAGAUGAGUUAGAUGACACAACAACACUACCAGGUACACAAGAGGAUCUAGCAGAAAAAUAUUGUGAUUGUGGUUGGCCAUUCCAUCUUUUACUUCCACGUGGUCGAAAGAGUGGAAUGAAAUUUAAAUUAUUGGUAUUUAUAACCGAUUGGUCAAAAGAUAAAGUCCCUACUUUGAGUAGGUGUGGUAGUUUGAGCUUUUGUGGCGCAGAAAAACCAGCUGACAAGUAUCCUGACCUAAGACCAAUGGGAUAUCCUUUUGAUAGACCUUUUAAAGAUGGAUCUUAUGAAAAGACAUUUUCUGGUUUGAAUAACGCUACAAUAUCGGAUAUUUCAAUUCGUUGGGUUGAUAAUUUCCCCGAGGUCAAAGUUACUGCAUAA